CUCCGGCCGGGGCGGCGGGAGGGGGCUGUGCACAGGCCGCCCGCAGUCAGAUACUGACAAUAUGAAGCCAUUGGAAGGUGUAAAAAUUCUGGAUCUAACAAGAGUACUGGCAGGACCUUUUGCUACUAUGAAUUUAGGAGAUCUUGGAGCAGAAGUUAUAAAAGUGGAAAGACCAGGAGCUGGUGAUGAUACACGAACCUGGGGGCCACCAUUUGUGGGGACGGAAAGUACAUAUUUUCUCAGUGUUAACCGAAAUAAAAAAAGUAUAGCUGUUAAUAUCAAGGAUCCAAAAGGAGUGAAAAUCAUCAAAGAGCUUGCAGCUGUUUGUGAUGUAUUUGUGGAAAAUUAUGUCCCUGGCAAACUGUCUGCACUGGGCCUGGGAUAUGAAGAUAUAGACAAGAUUGCUCCUCACAUCAUCUAUUGUUCCAUUACAGGGUAUGGUCAGACAGGUCCAAUGUCUCAGAGAGCUGGUUAUGAUGCUGUUGCCUGUGCAGUUUCUGGUCUGAUGCACAUCACAGGGCCUGAGGAUGGAGAUCCUGUUCGCCCAGGAGUGGCCAUGACUGACCUUGCCACUGGCCUGUAUGCAUAUGGAGCCAUUAUGGCUGGAUUGAUACAAAGAUAUAAAACUGGAAAAGGACUGUUCAUUGACUGUAACCUCCUGUCUUCUCAGGUGGCGUGUUUGACCCAGGUAGCUGCUAAUUACCUUAUUGGCCAAAAGGAAGCGAAACGCUGGGGUACAGGUCACGGCAGUAUUGUUCCUUAUCAGGCUUUUAAAACCAAGGACGGCUAUCUUGUAGUUGGAGCAGGAAAUAACCAACAGUUUGCUACUGUGUGCAAGAUCUUGAAUUUGCCUGAGUUGAUUGAUGACUCCAAGUAUAAAACUAAUCACCUUCGAGUGAAAAAUAGGAAAGGCCUUAUUAAAAUGCUAUCUGCACGGUUUGAAGAAGAAAUUACCAGCACCUGGUUACAUCUCUUUGAAGGCAGUGGAGUCCCUUAUGGCCCAAUCAACAGCAUGAAGAAUGUAUUUGCAGACCCUCAGGUAUUACACAAUGAUCUCAUUAUGGAGAUGAAGCAUCCGACUGUGGGGAAGAUAUCAGUUCCAGGCCCAGCUGUGAGAUACAGCAAGUUCAAGAUGUCAGAGGCUGAGCCACCUCCCCUGCUCGGGCAGCACACAACACACAUCCUGAAGGAGGUUCUCAGAUACGACGACUGGGCCAUCGGGGAGCUGCUCAGGGCAGGAGUGGUGACUCAACACAAAGCCGAGUGACACAGGAAAAAUGUUCUUCUUCAAAACCACAAUCUGAAUCUGCUUUGCUGGCAGAGGCAAAUUGUCUGGACCCUUUUCCCCACUUCUGAAGCCACUGAAGAGAUGAUUUAGGGGAGCUCCAGAUUUCUUUCUUGGUGUCUCCAGAAUAGCUCUGGUACUAAUGAACCUAGUGCCUUCUAAGUGUACCCCAGCUUUCAUUCUCUGCCAUUUUUUUAGAUGAUUUAAUUGUGGAAUUGUGGAAUUUUUUUGAAAAAAAUGUAAUUUUUUUUUCUGGAAAAAUACACUCCUCAUUCUAAUUAUAUUAAUGGCCUAAACAUUUGCCCCUCCGGCCCACACAGGCCUGAAAAAUAUCAGAUCUUUUGACAUUUUCUACUUGUACAUAAAGUCCUCAUUUAAAUCUUUGUUAGGAAGUCAAAGCAAUAAGCAGAAUGACAGUUUCUGAGAUUGAUUUUAAACAGAAUAACUUAAUUUUGAGCUCAUGAAUCCUUUGUUAGUCUGUAAUUCAAAACACGGACUUCACUGAUGUCUGUUAUUACUCAGCUCCAUUCUCCCCUGUGGAAAUGAGUAUUUGCUUUAUGUUGUAUUUGUGUGGUGAUUUCAAAAUAUGUGCCAGAAAAUUGGUUUCUAUCAAUGCAUUUAGGAGUGUAGGUGUCUAACUUGGGAGUGGGGUGGGCAGGAGGUGAGACGUGUGCUUAUUUUGAGCCAAUCCAAAUGCAACAGGUUUUUAAAUAAAUGUUAGAUUACUAUCCAGGUAUUAAAUAAUGUAUAAAUAAGGACAAAUAGGAGAAUCAAAGGAAAACAUUUCUUUGUAAUCUGAGCAUGUCUUCUCAUGUCUUAGUAUCAAGUACUUUUCAUUUGUCAGUGACUUUGAAGUAUAAAAAACAUCUUUGGUCCAGAAGGUGACAAGUGUGUUCCAGGAUAAAUUGUCAGUCAAGACUGCUGAGCCCAGGUACAGAUCAGGGAAUCAGAUGACUCCAAAGUCAGCAUUUUGGUAGGACCUCAAGUCUUGAGUUUUGGGGGCACAUGUUUUAGAGCAAUGUCAUUACAUACCAACUGACCAAUGAAAACUAGAUUACAGAUAUUCGUCUUUCAAACUGUGAUUUAGAGCUAGUUUUCUUUUCAUGUUCUUUUCUAUUGGAAUGAUUUGAGUUAUGUAUCCAUGCUGAAAGACCUAAUGUGUUUUUAGAUGCAAGAUUCCAAAUAAAUGGAAAGCUUGUCUUCUUACAAGCCCUCUUAA